CAUUACAACCGCACAUUUCAUAACCUCAUUCGUCACUACCAAAACCCUAAACCCUAAUUUCACUUCACAGCCAAACAAAACUAAACCCUUCUUUCUCUCUUUCUCUCUCUAUUCUCCGAUUCAUUAUGGCCGCCGUCUUGCGCCGUGCUCUCCGCCGCGAUCUUGCUUCUUCCUCUGCCUCUGCCUUUCGAUCGUUGACAGGCAGCACUAAGCCAUCAUAUGCAGCUCAAAAGUGGGCAAGUUUGGCUCGACCUUUCAGUUCUAGGCCUGCUGGUAGUGAUGUUAUUGGAAUUGAUUUGGGUACUACCAAUUCAUGUGUUUCUUUAAUGGAGGGAAAGAAUCCUAAAGUUAUUGAGAAUUCUGAAGGAGCUCGGACAACACCAUCAGUGGUUGCCUUCAACCAGAAAGGAGAGCUGCUUGUUGGUACACCUGCCAAGCGUCAGGCUGUAACCAACCCAACAAAUACUCUUUUUGGCACCAAACGUUUGAUUGGUAGGCGCUUUGAUGAUCCGCAAACACAAAAGGAGAUGAAAAUGGUACCCUAUAAGAUUGUUAAGGCACCCAAUGGAGAUGCAUGGGUUGAAAUCAAUAAGCAGCAGUAUUCUCCCAGCCAAAUUGGUGCUUUUGUUCUUACUAAGAUGAAGGAAACUGCUGAGGCAUACCUUGGAAAAACAAUUUCUAAAGCUGUAGUUACUGUUCCAGCUUACUUCAAUGAUGCUCAGAGGCAGGCAACAAAAGAUGCUGGUAGAAUUGCCGGUCUUGAAGUGAAGAGAAUUAUCAAUGAGCCCACUGCAGCUGCACUUUCAUAUGGGAUGAACAACAAGGAGGGGCUCAUUGCCGUUUUUGAUCUCGGAGGUGGAACAUUUGAUGUGUCCAUUUUAGAAAUUUCAAACGGUGUGUUUGAGGUGAAAGCUACCAAUGGUGACACUUUCUUGGGAGGAGAAGAUUUUGAUAAUGCUUUGUUGGACUUUCUAGUAAGCGAAUUCAAGAGAACUGAUAGUAUUGAUCUUGCAAAGGAUAAGCUUGCCUUGCAGAGGCUUCGAGAAGCUGCUGAGAAAGCAAAAAUAGAACUCUCUUCAACUUCACAAACUGAAAUAAAUCUUCCUUUCAUCACUGCUGAUGCAUCCGGUGCAAAGCAUUUGAAUAUCACUUUGACUAGAUCAAAGUUUGAGGCUUUGGUAAAUAACCUGAUUGAAAGGACAAAGGCACCCUGUAAGAGCUGCUUGAAAGAUGCCAACAUAUCUAUCAAGGAUGUUGAUGAGGUUCUUCUCGUCGGAGGGAUGACUCGUGUACCUAAAGUGCAGGAGGUGGUUUCAGAGAUCUUUGGAAAGAGUCCUAGCAAAGGAGUAAAUCCUGAUGAGGCUGUUGCAAUGGGAGCAGCUCUUCAGGGUGGUAUUCUCCGUGGAGAUGUUAAAGAGCUGCUACUCCUAGAUGUCACUCCUCUAUCUCUGGGUAUUGAGACUUUGGGUGGUAUCUUUACAAGAUUGAUCUCCCGCAACACAACAAUUCCUACAAAGAAGAGUCAGGUGUUUUCGACAGCAGCUGACAAUCAGACUCAAGUGGGUAUCAAGGUGCUCCAAGGGGAGCGGGAAAUGGCUGCAGACAACAAGAGUCUUGGGGAAUUUGACCUUGUUGGCAUUCCUCCUGCCCCAAGAGGUUUGCCUCAGAUUGAAGUCACAUUUGACAUAGAUGCCAAUGGGAUUGUUACUGUCUCUGCCAAAGACAAAUCCACUGGAAAAGAACAACAGAUUACCAUCCGCUCGUCAGGAGGACUCUCAGAUGAUGAAAUUAAUAAUAUGGUCAAAGAAGCUGAGUUGCAUGCUCAGAGAGAUCAGGAAAGGAAAGCACUUAUUGAUAUCAAGAAUAGUGCUGACACAUCAAUCUACUCGAUUGAAAAGAGUUUGAGCGAGUAUAGGGAAAAGAUUCCUAGUGAGGUUGCGAAGGAAAUUGAAAACUCGGUCUCAGAUUUGAGAACGGCUAUGGAAGGAGAAAGUGUUGAUGAAAUUAAGACAAAACUUGAUGCUGCUAACAAAGCCGUGUCAAAGAUUGGUCAGCAUAUGUCAGGUGGGUCAAGUGGAGGUUCCUCUGAUGGAGGUUCUCCAGGUGGUGGUGAUCAGGCUCCAGAGGCAGAGUAUGAAGAGGUCAAGAAGUGAGACAACUUAGGCGUUGCUUUGUAGCAUUUUUCUUCUUACUAAUCAUCACAUAAUUGCUGGAAGCAUACAAGGUUGCUUAUUUUUUGUAUUUUUUAGUAGAAGGCUCCUUAUUUUGUCGUACUGUUUGAGUACUGAAAACAGCUGUUCGAAUAACAUCAUUAAAAUUUGUGCGUACGAAGUUAUCUACUCCCUCCGUUCCAAAUUGUAUGUCGCUUUAGGGAAAAAAAUUUGUCCUAAAUUGUACGUCGCUUUACAAUA